UACGUUAGCACCUUCGCUAAAAUCCGGGUCAGUGUGCAGGUAACCGCCAUUUUGUGACUCAGGUAAGUGAGCCGUUGUGUACAGAGAGGAACCUUUAGCCAUUAGCAUUUGUUUGUAACUUACAGAGCAUGGUGGAAAGAUUUUCUGUUUAAAGUCGCACAAAAUUAUUACUUUGAUAUUAAUCUCGAUGGUUGUCUAAACUCUUUUCUCUACAAUACAAAGAAAGAAAAACUAAAAGAAAAAUCCUACUAAAUUUUUAAACGGGAAUUCCCAAUUUAGUAGCCGUAAUAAAUGUCACGUGAGCAGCGCGGCCUGUGGGAGGAGCGAGGACACACUCUAGUCUAAAGAAAACAUUUCUCGACUCUUAAGCGUUAAGUAAUGAGGUCAACUUUAAGGUCAGGUAGAUUGAAGCCUCACCUAACGUUCAUUUAAAGAAGACGGUAAGUAAAGGAUACUGGCUUUAACAUCCGGGUCAGUGUGUCCAGCAAACCGCCAAAACUUUGUGAACUACAGUGUGACUCAAGUAGGUCAGCGAUUAAGUAACGAGAGUGAUUGGUAAAGAUAUUCAGUUAAGUUCACUUAAAAAGAAAUAAUUAAAAGAAGAAAAGAAAGCUUUUCUACGUUUUUUAUCAGUUCGGUGCUAGUCUUGUACAAAAGGAGCGCUGCAGCCUUUAGCAUAAUUAAGUUAUCUAGAAAUAAAAUUCAAGAUUUUGUACUUAAAACUCGCUGAUGCCGUUAAACUAUUACUUUAUUAGUUUUACAUUUCUAUUCAUUAGUUUGAAGAAUUUGGUAAUUAAUGGAGAAUCCAAACAGUCCUUCAGAUUCGUGUGAACGGAAGACGUUGAUGGGAAAAAUGAUAGAGUUUGUGUUUGAUUAAUAUCAAAGUGUGGACAGGCCACUUGAAACGAAAACCUACUGAAAAGAGGCAACACAUCUCCUUCCCUCCCUUCUCCAACGACUGGUCGCAGUUAAGGGACAAAGAAAGUCGGUGGAAAAAAUAAGUAAGGAAAACAGUUGCUUUGAUAAAUUUAACGUUUCAUAUCGUUAAAGCCGUUGGCCUUUUUUUACUGCUGACGUCAGCUGUACUUGGGCGGGAACGGAGGAAUGAUAGAUGGGCAUACAAAGACAUAUUCCUUCUAGACUAGACCAAUCGGUAGGAAUGGAAGAAAGAUGUGGUCUGGCUGACACACACGAGAAGACCGUAUAGUCGUAUAAGUUAUUCACUGAUUUAUAUACAGUUUACACAGACAAUAACCGGUAUCCCUACAUGAAUCGUGAGCGGACACCUGGGAGUGUCUAAAUAAUUUAAAUCAUUAAAAUCGACUACAACCUGAUGUCAAUACUGCAUUAGGAAACGAAGGUGACAUCUAGGCGAUGGCAGUCACACACACAAAGUGUUUAUAAAGAGGAGAGGAUGCAGUCAUAUGCCUGUGUAACGCCCGUCUCCUGUGCUGAACACAUCAAACACAAGUAGUGAAACAUUACUAGGGAGAUGAAGAGUUGGGGUAAGAAAAAAAAAUUAAUGAUAGUCUACUCACCAAGAAACGGAAAUCCCCAAUUUAGAAGAAUAAUCACUACACGAAAGUCACGUGAUCUUUUGAAGGGGACCAUCAUUGAGACGUUCGUCUGUUCUAUUUCUCGAAGCCUGGCAUUUUAACAUGGAGGUAGUAGUUCGAUCACACGAACGAGAGUGUGCCGUGUGCACGAAUGACUUCACCACACCAAAGAUUCUACCCUGUGGUCAUCUCUUGUGUCGAGAAUGUGUCAUUAGCUGGAUGAAAUCUAAACAUCAUGCGGGAUGUCCUCUGUGUACAUGUCCUAUAGCAGAGCAUCAAGGUUAUUCAUCUCAAAGUGCAGCGGAUGUUGUUGACGCCCUGCCUACAGACUCUGUGAUGGAAGCCAUAGUACAAAGUGCUGGCGUGCUGGGCAAGGAUAACAUGUGCACCGUAUGUGAUGACGUCAGAGCUGAGUACAUCUGUAUGCAGUGUGUGGAAAAAAUGUGUUCAUCGUGUAUGAAGAUGCACAAGAAGAUGUCCAUGAGCCGCAGUCACGAUGUGGAGAGUGUCAGCACUGUGACACCUGAACGUCUGGCUGCCAGCCGCCCUGCACUGUGUGCUGACCACGGCGACAAACACGCGGAGGCAUUUUGCGCUGAUCAUCACCUUAGUAUCUGUUCAUCGUGUACCUCAAUCAAACACAGAACAUGUUUAGUUGUGAGAGAUAUCAACGACGAAAUGAAAGAUUCUGAAAAAACACUUUGUGGUUUGACUGACCAACUGGUUCAGGCCGAGUACAGUCUGAAGCAAGGUACAGAGCAUCUCGCCAUACGUCUUCAGAAGGUGGAGGACAUGGAACAAGAAGACAUGACACAGGUAGACAAGACAUGCGACAAACUUCAGAGGAUGGUGGAAAAUUGUCGAAAAGGACUAAAAAAACAAAUACAUGAUUCACGUUUACAAGUCACGAAUUCGUUAAUAAAAGCUAAACGAGAACUAGACAA